AUGUCAUUGCCAGUUAAGUGUGAAAUAAUAUCCAAAAAUACCACAGAUGAAGCAUUUUCUAAUGAUGAAACAAAUGAAGAUGAAAUGUUAAUUGAACCAGCCACUAAAAUAGCAUCCUUCCCUGUGCGAAAAGAAGAAACUACAGUUGCAAAACGUUUAGAAAUUCUUCAAAAGCUGGAAGAAGGCAUGACAAUUGAUAAAGUUGCUAGUGAAUAUGGUCUUCAUAGAAGGACUAUACAAAGAUACAGAAAAAAUGUAGAAUCAAUUAAGGAAUUUUCAAAAAAUCCGAGAACCUUGGCUAUGAAAAGAAAUCGUUUAUCUGUACAUGAAGAUAUAAAUCUUCUAUUACACAAAUGGAUUUUGAAAAGACAAACGAAAGGAGACAUCUUCAAUGACAGUCUUUUACAAGAGAAAGCAAAAGAACUGCAUGAAAAAUUUGGUAGUUCAUCAAGUUUUACAGCAAGUCGAGGUUGGCUAUGGCGUUUUAAAAAACGAUAUAACUUAAGCAGAUCGAGCAUUCAUGAAGAACAAGCUAACACAGAUGAAUUAUCUGCAGAAAAAUUGGCAAAAAUAUUAAGUGAGGAAAAUAUUGAUAAAAACAGUAUAUACAAUAUACAGGAGAAAACAUUAAUGUGGAGAAGUCUACCUCAAACAAGAUUGUUGCAUGAUGAAGAACCAAUGCAAAAUGAAAGACUAAAAAAAGAUUACGUGACUGUAGCAUUUUGUGCUAAUGCUACUGGCACGCACAAGUUGCCACCCCUUUUUAUUAAUAAAUAUGCCAGCCCACAAGCUUUAAAACAUUGUAGUCACUCUUUGCCAGUAGUAUAUAUGAGUCAAAAUAAUGGUUGUAUUGAUGAAGUUAUUUUUAAUAAUUGGUACAUCAAUCAUUUUAAGCCCAGUGUGAGACAGUACCAACAAGAAAAACAUUGUACAGAACAAGUAUUGUUACUUGUUGAUAAUUUUAAGGGAGAUCUAUUUUUUAGAAAACCACAAGAAGAUUCCUACUUUAAAUUAAUGAUUUUACCAUCUGACACAUGCUUGUUUAAUGAACCAAUGGAUGAAAGUAUAAUUGCAAAAUGUAACAAAUUGUUUCGGCAGAAAUUACUUCGCCGAGUACUUCAAUAUAGCGGUAGAAUUAAAGAAUUUUAUGCUCAUUACGACAUAAAAGAUUGUAUUGAUUUAGUUAGUGAAGCAUGGAACGAAAUAACAAUGGCGGAUAUUAAACAUUCUUGGCGAAAACUUUUAGAUCAGCAAAAUUUUGAAACUAUUAUUAUUAAAGAGGAACAAGAAGAAUUGGAAGACAAUAUUACUUCUGAAGAAAUACUUGAAUGGAUUUCAAAAUGUGAAAAAGAAGAAUUGACUAUUAAAGAAAUGGUGUCAAGAAGAGAAACUGAUAUAGAUUAUCAUUGUCCAAUAGAAAAAGAAGAGAUCGAUCGUAUGUUUCAUAAUUUGGAAGUCUGGUCUGAAACUCAACCUGAUUUUAUUCAAUUAUAUGCAAAAGUUUUAAUAUGUUAUCAUAAACAACAAUAA